AUGGACAGGCUCCAUACUUUACACUUCCUCUGGCUCUUCUCAGCUGCCCCCGUCCUGGCAGGUUACCCCAUUUGGUGGUCUCUAGCCCUGGGGCAGCAGUACAGCUCUCUGGCAUCACAGCCCCUUCUCUGUGGAUCUAUACCAGGUCUGGUACCUAAGCAAAUGCGAUUCUGCCGAAAUUACAUUGAAAUCAUGCCUAGUGUGGCAGAAGGAGUGAAAUUGGGUAUCCAAGAAUGCCAGCAUCAAUUCAGGGGCAGGAGAUGGAACUGUACCACUAUUCAUGACAGCCUCGCCAUCUUUGGACCAGUGCUCGAUAAAGCCACUCGGGAGUCCGCCUUUGUUCAUGCCAUCGCUUCUGCCGGUGUGGCCUUUGCUGUGACCCGCUCCUGUGCAGAAGGCAGCUCAACCAUCUGCGGUUGUGAUUCCCACCAUAAAGGCUCAUCAGGAGAGGGCUGGAAGUGGGGAGGUUGCAGUGAAGACGCAGACUUUGGUGUCCUGGUGUCUCGGGAGUUUGCAGAUGCCAGAGAGAAUCGGCCAGAUGCCAGAUCAGCCAUGAAUAGGCAUAACAACGAGGCAGGACGAGCGACCAUCUUGGAUCACAUGCACCUCAAAUGUAAAUGUCAUGGUCUUUCUGGGAGCUGUGAGGUGAAGACUUGUUGGUGGUCCCAGCCUGAUUUCCGAGCUAUUGGUGAUCAUUUAAAAGAUAAAUAUGACAGCGCCUCUGAGAUGUCAGUGGAGAAACACAGAGAAUCCCGUGGAUGGGUAGAGACCCUCAGGGCCAAAUAUUCACUAUUUAAACCCCCCACUGAGAGGGACCUGGUGUACUAUGAAACAUCCCCUAAUUUCUGUGAGCCCAACCCAGAGACUGGCUCAUUUGGAACUCGGGGACGUUCCUGCAAUGUGACUUCCCACGGGAUAGACGGCUGCGACUUGUUGUGCUGUGGAAGAGGCCACAACACCCGAACAGAAAAACGCAAGGAGAAGUGCCAUUGCAUUUUUCACUGGUGCUGCUAUGUGAGCUGCCAGGAGUGUGUGAGGAUCUAUGAUGUCCACACCUGCAAAUGA